GAAGGAGGCGUGCUCGGCGCGCUCUCGACAGGCUGCGUGUAACCGCAGCUGCCUCAGUUCCCGCCUCUCCGGCGGAGAGGGGGAGCGCACAUGCGCAGCAACCGCUGGCUGGCCGUCACGGGGGCAGAGUGGGCGUGUCCCUGUUGGAGGAGAUUGUCUCCGUCACUCCCGGAGCGGGCUGUAGAGUACAGCGGAGGGAGCCGUGCGGGAGCUCGGGCUCAGCUUUCCCUCCUCUGCGCCAUCACACGGUCACUCGUCGCCGCCACCGCCUCCCUCUGGCAGGUUCUGUCAUAGAGGUUAUUCUUCUAUCAAUGUGAAUAGUAAAGAGAUCAAAUCUCCUUAUCUAAAGAUGUAUUUCUUCAGUUGUGCCUGAGGAAUAAGAAGUCUCUUGAAGACUAAAUGUCAGCAAUGAUAAAUGAUCUUCCUGAUAUUAAAGCGUUUCCCCAGAUUACUGGAAUGAAGAUCCUCUCCACCUUCUAAAGGAACAUCCUUACAAAAAUGCUUCAUGUUCUAGGAAUGCCAACUACCUAGAUUCAUGCGCCCUAUCUGUACAGUUGUGGAUGGCUUACCAUCGGAAGGCACCUUAAGCUCGUUUCCUGGCCCUGUUUCUGUCUACGAAAUGUCGAUGCUUCGUGCUUUAGACCCAGUCCAGACUUGGCUGGGUCAAGAGCUGGAGAAAUGUGGCAUUGAUGCCAUGAUUUACACUAGAUACGUCUUAAGUCUACUGCUGCAUGACAGCUAUGACUAUGACCUUCAGGAACAGGAAAAUGACAUCUUUUUGGGCUGGGAAAAGGGAGCUUGCAAGAAGUGGGGAAAAGGCAAGAGAAAGAGCUCUGAUCUCUCUAUGGAGGAAAUGAAGAAACAGGCUGCAGUUCAGUGUCUGCUUUCAGCUUCUGAUGAAAGCUCUGGAAUUGAAACUUUAGUUGAAGAGCUUUGCUCCAAGCUGAAAGAUCUCCAGAGCAGCCAAGGUGAACAGCUACCAAUAACUAAAGAAGAGAAGGGUAACAAGAAAGUAUUUGAAUCGCUGUCACCAGAGGCUACAUCGUCUCCAGCAAGAAAGGAUCAGGCAGAAAUGUAUUAUGAAGCUUUUCCACCUCUUUCAGAAAAAACUAUUUGCUUGCAAGAAAUAAUGACCGUGUGGAACAAGUCAAAAAUCGGCUCUUAUUCUAGCUCCUCCUCAUCUUCCACUGCCCCACAAACAAGCACCGAAACACCAUCACCAAAGAACUGCCAUAGUGAAACCGAAACAUUGGUGACCAGUAAGAAUAACGGAGCUUCUGACACUGUACAGGAAAGAAUUCAACAAAGGAAAGGCAAAACCGAGAAAGAGAGCAAGACAAGUAAUGGCGCAAAUGAAGAGAAAACUAUUGCAUCAAAAAGUGUGAGGCACAAGUCGAGUGGAAAGAUUCGCCCUCGAUCCUGGUCAUCUGGCUCAAGUGAAGCAGGCUCAAGCUCAAGUGGUAAUCAGGAUGACAUGAAAGCAAGAUUGAUCAAAGUAAGGCAUAAAGUUAAAGAGGUCCGGAGUAAAAAGGGGAAAACAGGCACAAAAAUUCCAUCGAAAAAGAUUGAACGGAAAAAGGCUGCUGCAAGCAGCAGCACAGGCUCUGUGAAGCCACUCUGCAAGAGAGCGAAACGUACCGGGAAGAAAUAUGUAUGGAAAGAUUUGGACAAUGAAGGAAAUGACAUUUUUGAAGAGGGCAAAAAUGAAACUAAAUUCAGAGAGGAACCAUUGUGGUACACUGAACCUAUAACAGAAUACUUUAUUCCUCUAAACAGUAAAAGUAAAUUGGAGACAGCUUAUAAAAAGAAUCUGAAUUGGUAUAACACGCCAGAAGAGAUCGAAGAGUUGUCUGAGAUUGUAAAAGAUCUUCGUCUAAACAACCACAAUAUCCACGAAAAAUACCUCGCCGGGGGUACCUUUAUUAAGGGUCACUUUGUAGAAAUGCCUGCAGUUGUAACUGAGACAAGUGAUCACACAAGGACCUCGAACUGUUCUCUUCAGGAGGACAAUUAUUUGGAUGAUGUUCAUCCUCUAGAAUUCACACACUUCUAUGAAGUGGAAAUUGAUCAAUCCAUGUUGGAUCCUGGUGCCUCAGAUAAGAUGAAAGGAGAAAGUCGCAUCUUGAAUAUGAUUCGACAAAAAAGCAACGUGAAAAGUGAUUUUGAGGCUGAAUCUUGUGAAGUGUUGGAUAAGGAUUUGCAAGGGGGGAGUGCAAUAUGGACAGAAUCAACCAGUUCUAUUGGUGCUGAAGAUUUUUUCUUGCAAGACCAUAGCAAAUUAGCUCAAUUUUGGGAGGCCUAUUCACCUUCAAGCUCCGCUGAUGCAGAUGGGGAGAGUUUAGGAGGAGACUCUCCAAAUACAUUUUCCCCUUUUUUAGACAGCACAAUGCUUAGUACACACACGCACGCAGGCAAUCAAGAUUUAUUUUUGGAUGGAAAAAACUCUUAUUUUUCAGUGUUUGAAGUGCAAUGCAGUAAUUCUGUGUUCCCGUUGCCCAGGGAGAGGGUUUUGAAUGAGAAAGGUAGAGUCGAGGAGUCUUGUUCCAGCACGAGUGGGUUUGGGAGAACCCAGUCGCGAUUACUUAUAUGGACCAAAAAUAGUGCCUUUGAUGAGAAUGAACAGUGUUCAAAUCUUUCAACAAGAACGUGCAGUCCAUGGUCACAUUCAGAUGGAACCCGAUCAGAUACAGAGGCUCUUAACAACAGUCAUGUAGAAGAUUACUCACAAUUGAAUACAGAACAAACAAAUUACAUAAUUCCCAGAGUUACUUUAACUUUCCAAGAAGAGUGCAAAUCGCAAAGCUCAUUCCUGCACAAUAGAAUUUUGGGUGGUGAAUCCAUGUUGGUUUUGGGUAAUAAAUCUAAGUUAGAGUCUCUUUGUGGUAUUCAGCUUGAGCAGGAGACUGAAGAAAUUUCUGACACUACAGAGGUCGAGUGUGAAAACAGCCGCCAUAAACACGGAUACAGCUCAGGAGUCAUUAAAGACAUAUGGACAAAUAUUGACGAUCAGCUAUUCUCUAUAGAUGUAAAUACAUUUACUUGUCAUGAUAGUAAUGAGAUGGAGGAAGCUUUUCAAGAGCCUAACAGGGCUGUUCAAAGAUCAGAGUACCAUCUUUGGGAAAGUCAAAAAGACCCUGCAGAAAAGAAAGCUUUUCUCACAUAUGAUUCAUCAAAGGUUGACGGUGGUGACUAUAUGACACCCUCCAAAUCCUGGGAUAUGAAACAUGUAAGCGAGAAUUCAUUCAUUCUUGGAGGAGUUUACGGAGAGCUCAAAAACUUCAGUGGUGAAGAUGAAUGGGCUGUGGUACCCCAGAGUCCGACGAAAGCAAGUUUAUUGGAAUGCGCUGCCUCAGAUGUUGUUUCGAUUGCAGGCACUGAUGUGUUCAUGUCUCCCGGAAAUAGUUUUGCUCCAGGCCAUCGGCAAAUAUGGAGACCUUUUGUUUCUUUUGAAGAUGAUGAGCAAAGCGAAGAUAAAAGUUCAAACAAGGGCUUCUUCAUACUGCAUGAAGACCUGCUUAGAACAUGUGAUAAUUUCCAGUUGGAGGAGCCAGGGAUGGGUUAUUUCUCUUCUUUUGAGUUGAACAAUAGAUUUUCACAAGUUCUUCAUGUGGAAUGCUCGUUUGAACCUGGAAAUCUCACUAGCAGUAGCCCUAACUUUAAAACAAAAGCAUUGUGUUCCGACUCGGAGAGUGAUGUCGGUCAUCCAAGAAUUUGUGGCGUGGAAAGGACACCGUAUAGAUCGAUAAGAAUUUCCCCGCGUACUCACUUCCGCCCAAUACCUGCAUCUGAACUGUCUCCUGGAGUAGGAAGUGAAUCGGACUCAGAGUCUGAAAAAGACGAGGUAGUCGUGCCUACUCUUUCUGAAGGAGAGGUGUUUGAGGAUCCACAGGAUAAUCUUAAACCACUAGAAGAAGAUGCAGAAAAUGAAGGUAAUUUUUAUGGAAAGUCUGAGCUCGAGUCUGGGAAGUUUCUCCCUAGAUUACAGAAAUCUGGCAUGGAGAAAAGUGCACAGACUUCUUUGGAUGGUCAAGAAGAGUCACUUGGCAUGUUGUCUACAGAGAAACAAGAUAAUUUAGACUUUAAGAUUUUAGAGUCAUUUGAAAGUAAUGUGCUGGAGAACUCCAAACCCAGUUUCAAAGCGUUGGAGUUGAAAAGUAAACAGGAUGUAAAGGGCAACCUCACUACUGGAUACAAUUCUACAUCUCAAGUUGAGCUGGGAGAGUAUCCAAGUUUGAGCACUGACCUAUGGGGAGUAAAUGCCGUUACUGAGAAACAGUGCUGGUGGCAGAAGGCGCUGUACUCCUCACUACAUCCUGGAUCGUGUUGCGACUCUCUCUACACAAAUGUUGAGGAAGAAAGUCGCACAGAUAGCACAAGUGGGAAGGAGAUUCCCAGUACUAGAUGGCAUCCUUUAGACAGCGAGAAAAUGCCUGCGUGUAAUGAUGCCAAAGUUUCCAUUGGAUAUGGUGCCGGAAUGAAAUCAAGUUGCUUCAGGAAGAUCUACUCAAGCGACAGUUCAAGUUCUGACACUGCGUCUAAUGGAGGAGGGCAUGAGUGGGCCGAUAUUUGCAGAGAGGAACUUUUCUCUCGCACUCAGCUGUGAACAAGCAUCUUUAGCUGUAGCUGUGAAAGAUGGUGUGUAAAGAGAACCCAUUUUGUCUUUUUUUUCCCUCUAGGGUCUCUAACUCUAUAGUUAACCUCUUUAGUUACCACUUCAAAUCUUUUUGCGUGUUUUUAUUUUUACUUUCUUUUUCUAUUUUGCAGUCUCAACAAUGUUUCUUUCUUUUUUUUUUCUGACAUACUGUUAAACUUUGCCUAGUAUAGCUCAAUUAGUUAGUGUUGUCAGAUGAAGAAUGGAUGUGCUUGUGUUUGUAGAAUUGCUGCUUCCUGCAUCCAACCUACGUACUUUUUAUUUUUUCCUGUCUUUUUUUUUUUUAUUCUUAUUUUCUUUUAUACUUUUUUUUUUUUUUUUUUUUUUUUUUACCUUUUUUCUUUUUGUUUUUUUGUUUUUUUUUGCGCUGUAGCCAGAGUUGCCAUCUGAACAUUGUAGAAUCUACAGCUACCUUCUGCCAUUCAGAGACUUCUGGGAAUUGGCGAUAUUCUCUUAAGAACUGGGAGAUAACUCUGUUACACUGUAAUCAAUCAGUGCCUUUUUGAAUGCAGGAGAGUAGCAUGAAUGACUUGCCCAGUCUUCAUUUGAAAACAAAAGAAGUAAAAAAAUAAAAAUAAAUAAAAUGAAAUAAAAAAAAUAUAUAUAGCUAAAGUAGAAGCAAUGAGAUUGUGCUUAGAGACUUUAAGAAUACUGUGUUUCCUAUUCUAUAUUUUGCCCCAUUUAAUACAACUUCAUAUUGCUAAUGGUAAAAGCCAAGGAUUUUGUAAGUAAUCAUUUUAGCAGUUAUAUUCCUCCAUAGGGUCCCUGGCGUUUUGUUUUUUGUCAACUUUAAACUUAAACAUUAACACAGUCUACAUUGUGGGUUUUAAGCUGGAUAGAAUAAUGAUACAAACAGCUAAAACAUGUCUAACGUGUUCAAUGCAAACAACUAGAACUCACAGGGAUCACUAAUUAAUUGCUUAUAAUUGUGUUUUUAAAUCCAUAGUGCUUAGUGGACCAGUCCCUGCUGACCAACCCUUCCAAUCACUAGGAAAGACUUCCUCGUGUAUACAUAAGGCUGUAGAUUUCUGAACUACAAAUUUUGGUUCAUGCUAUAUAUAGUUGUAACUGCCACUGUGUUGUAGGUGACCGGGUUGUGAUUUAAGUUUGUUACACCAGUUUGUGUCAUUGUACAGACUGGCAUCAUGGUGUAGUAGAGAUUAUUUUCACAAUGGUCACAUUUUGCCAUAUGCAGUGUCUGACUUACCAAAAAUCCUCUGGCUUCUACCAUUAGCUAUGUUGUAGUACUCUUGGUGUUACUUAGUCUGGUAGAUUUUUUUUUUUUUUGUGCUUUUGAAAGAAUGUUAUGGGCAAGUGUGCGAUUGAUGUUGAAUAAGGUUUUCAACAUAAGCGUGGCUGAAGUAGCGAUUGAUCCAUGUAUAUAAUUUAGUUCUUUAAAUUCUGCACAUCGUCAAAGUGUAACUGUUCAAAACUAUCGAACUCUUUGUGCUUCUUAAACUUAUGCAGAUUGAUCAAGCACAGUAAGAGCAAUAUUUGAAAACAAUUUACCAAAACAAAUCUCUAAAAAAAAAAAAAUUGUAAAAAAAAAAAGCAAAAAAAAAAUGCAGCAUGCUUAUAACACCAGGAAAUGCUAAGUUUAAUAUUGCUUUGGGACAGUAGCGUUAUUAUAAAGGCAAUACAAAUUGUGAUUGAACGGUAUUUAAGUUUGUGACCUAAAAAAAAAAGUCCUGUCACCUGAAGGUUUUGGUUUUGUUUGUUUUUUUUGUUUUGGGAGAGAUGGAUGAUAAAAUGGAUGGGAUUUACAUUUUCAGGAAUAGUAAAUGUUUUCUGAUCCAGUCUGCAUUAAAUAGUUUUUCUUCUGUUUUAAGUGACAUUUUUCCCGUAGUAAAAUUUAAAAUUUUAAUUAAAUUUCACAUACUUACCCUGUACAAUACAGGUGUACAAACUUUUACCUUUUGGAGUUACUGGUGUUGAAUAUUUGGAUUAUUCCAGUUUCCCGUUGAUACUUCUGGAUUCAUAUUCCACAACUGCUCUCAUCCACAUAUAGAGAUAAUUAAGAUUGCCGAUAUCCUUAUUACUUACUCCCAGCAGUGUUUUGAACACCUUCUGACGAACAAAUAUUCAUACAGCAACUGUACACACAAAAUGUUAUAAUAUAUAUAUAUAUUUAUAUAUAUUUUGUUCAUUAAACUUAAGAAUUCCUGGAGCUUCCUGAUACCUGCACUGAAAAUAUUGACACAACAUCCUAGUACCUUUGUUGCCAGGUGCACAUUUAAGCUGUUGAGCUCCUGCAGCAACUAAGGGCUUUCCUACAUCCAUUUGCCAUCAAAAUGUCCAUUUAACAUCAAUCCACAGCUCACAUCCUGUUCUUCAUGAGAUCAUACAUAGCGAAGAGCCUUUUCUUACAUGAGCAUCCUGCUACUCAGUGGUCAGACAGUCAUAGCAGUGUAACAUUUCAGCUCCAGUAUAUAUAGUCUGGAAUGGUAUAGACUAUCAAGGCAAUAAUCCGUUAUUUGCUUUUACUUGCCAUCACAGAAUCAUGCAAUAGAACCUCAUAGCUGGAGUUGUAGUGAAUUUUUUAUUUUUUUUUACCUACCAGACCCAUUGCAUUGUUUUCAUUCUAAGGUUGGCAAAACGCUGAACGCAUAGUGGUAUGACGCGCAUUGCAUAUCCAUCACAUUGAAAAUAUCAGUUUACCAUUCCUGGGCUAAGAUUCUGUUUUUACAUUUCCCCCCUCCUCAAGUGGUUGUAUUGUUCUGAUUUCAUGUACACCAAAAGUAACUUUUUGUUUUCUUGUGAACUUAUUUAACACCAAAUAAAAAGACAAAAAAACAAA